CCGGUUGGCGAACGGCCGCCUCUCCCGGCCUAUAUAAGGCUCCGUCAUGAGAGUCCUGCCAGUCAGCAGUCGACUUUCGAGCUGUGAAGUCCUCCGUCAUGAUGAUCCGCCUGCUCCUCCUCGUCACCGUGGCUGCCGUCGUCGUCGCGGCGCAGGGCGGCGGCGACGCCGAUGGUUGCAGGUAUUACUGCAGGAAGUGGCGGCCGGAGGGAGAAGAGCGGCCCGUGUACUGCUGUGACGACGGGACGGUUAGCGACCCGCCUCCCGAAGCCGAACACAGUGGAGAAUGCCCCGACAUUCGGCGUCACUGCCUUCGCAGCAAAAGACCACCAAAUGUGUGCCCCCACGACGGUUUCUGCCCGCCCCGCCAGAAGUGCUGCUUUGACACCUGCUUGGACCAUCACGCUUGCAAACUUGCUAUUCCUGUUAAGAUCCUUGAGCCGAUCCCUCUUCGAAGGUAGUGGCUGAGCCUCUGAAGGCUGCGCUAAUUAAUUUGUUGAAUUUAUUGUUUUGUUUGUCUGUGCUGUCUAUUGAAAACACGUGAGAGGGUUCAUCUAUGUAUUAUUUAUAGGUAAUAAAUAACAAUUUUA